CUGACGUGGCUAAUAUAAACACGGAAAUGCUGCUCAGAUUGAGAGAAUACCCAAGCAAACCGCGAAUAUAACAUCCAUUCAACAUUUGCUGAAACAAUCAACGGACAGUUUAUAGAUGUGGACAUAAUGGAGAGGGAGAAAACUAUACUUCUGGCAACUGAAAAAUAUGCGUCUCUUGAGUCCUGGAACUAUGAGUUGAAUGGUGGAGCGUUGGAGAGGAAAAUAGACGGAAAAGGGACAGAGGGGACUCUAGGCAAUUCAUUAACAGGCGUUUUCAAAAGUGUCUUCCUGCCUCAGGGCUAUCCAGACAGUGUUAGUCAGGAUUACCUACAGUAUCAAUUCUGGGACACCCUGCAGGCAUUUGCAAGUUCUCUUUCUGGUACACUUGCAACUCAAGCUUCCUUAAGAGGAGUUGGUGUUGGAAACCAAGAAGCAACGGUAGCUGCUGCAACAAUUACCUGGUUACUUCGAGAUGGCACUGGGAUGUUAGGAAGAAUACUCUUUGCUUGGCAUAAAGGGAACAAACUGGACUCUGAAGCCAAAAAAUGGAGACUUUUUGCCGAUGUUCUCAAUGACAUUGCCAUGUUCAUGGAAAUUCUGGCUCCCAUUUUCCCUACUUGCUUCACUGUAAUUGUGUGCACUGCAGGAGUGUUCAAGUCCGUAGUGGGGGUGGCAGGAGGGGCCACCAGAGCAGCUCUGACCAUGCACCAAGCUCGCAGAGACAACAUGGCCGACAUCUCUGCCAAAGAUGGGAGUCAGGAGACUUUGGUGAAUCUGGCUGGGCUGCUCAUCAGUCUGGGUCUAAUUCCUCUGGUCACUGAUAAUCCACCGGUGACGUUCAUCCUCUUCUCCGUUUUCACAAUCCUACACUUGUUUGCCAAUUACAAAGCUGUACGCUCGGUGGUCAUGGAAACCCUCAACGAAGCUCGACUGAACAUUUUGCUCCGACAGUACCUGAGUGAUGGACGGGUCUUAAGUCCACAAGAGGCUAACCGCAGAGAACCUGUGUUCCUAGAGUUCAGAGGCACUGCUCCCGUCAGACUUGGAGUGAGACUUGGGGAAUUUGUAAGCAGCUACGAGGACCUACAAGCGGCAAUGAAAAACAGUAAUAGACCUUUUCUCAUAGGAGUCAAACAUGGCUGUGUGUGUGUUUGUUUGGGACCAGAGGCAUCAGUGUGUGAUGAGAUCUGGGCCAUGUGCCAAGCACUGUGUAUCAGCACUGUGUUACGCCCUGUAGCACCACUAGAGGGGGCUCUCAAGCAACUCUCAAUUUCACAUGGGGAAAAAAAAGACCAUUGGGAUCUUGUCUAUGAGAGUGACAAGCUAAUGGACCAAAUAUUCCAGCCAUUCCUUAAAGGCUUGGAAGAAGCUGGAUGGCAAAUGAGUCGAAACCUACUGGACUGGGACGAGUGGAGGGUUGAAUGGAAAAAGAAGAGCAGUUGAAGUUGCUUUGAAUUUUUUUUUUAAUCAACAUUUGUCUCGUUGGUUCAAUUUCACACAGAGAACUUAUUUGUUUAAUAAAUGUAAGCAUGUGCUGCUGUCUUAAUAUUAAAUCAUCUCUGUUACCUA